AUGACAUCGGCAUCGUCAAGCAGCGCCCGAUCUCUGUUCGCGGAAUCUAAACAAAGACUUGCAGAGAGAGUUCAAGUUAAUAUGAACAAUAUAGCAUCACUAGCGAGGCAGAUCCAACGAGGUUCUAAAUCUAAUGAGCUCCUUAUGAAAGCAGCAAGGGAUACAGCAUGUACAGAACCAUUAAUGGAGAGCACAGAACAGAAUUUAAAGAAAAUGCAACUGAUCUCAGUGCAUAUGGGUUACCAGUUUGAAAGCAUACAGAAGUCAGCAGAAAUGAUUACAGAAAUUAAUGAACAAGUUGCUAGCUUACAUAGAUAA